CCAAAAAUCGUCCACACUAAAUUCACUAGACAUUUGUGGAUUUAGUGACCCUCUACCAUCAUUUGAAUAUUACCUACAUAAAUAUAUGCUCCCACAUUCUUGAAGUAUUUAAAUCUACUCUAGUCUUCAUAUUUUUUUUAAGGUUUUGGAAAUGGAGGAAAAGCUUAAAACAAGUGUGUUUCUGGCAGUUUGUUCUUUCAUGUUCUUGUUUCCACCCUCCAUCAAUGGAGGGACAACUCAAAGUGCCGUAACGGCGGGAACACGAGAUGGAUCGGAACGGUGGGGGUACGUUGAAGUCCGACAAAAAGCACACAUGUUCUGGUGGUACUAUAAAAGCCCACACAGGAUUGAAGAUUCAACCAAGCCAUGGCCUAUCAUUCUCUGGUUGCAAGGGAGCAUCUGGAGUUACCGUGGGAAAUUUUCAAGAAGUUGGCCCUAUUGAUGACAGUUUAAAGCCUAGAAAUUCAUCUUGGCUGAGAAAAGCUGAUCUCUUCUUUGUGGAUAAUCCAGUUGGAACUGGGUACAGUUAUGUUGAAGACAAAAGUCUGUUUGUGAAGACUGAUUGGGAGAAUGCAGCAGAUUUGACUACCCUCUUGAAACAUGUUUUCAACACGAAUGCCAAUUUACAAAAAAGCCCCCUCUACAUAGUGGCAGAGUCCUAUGGAGGAAAAUUUGCCGUUACCCUUGGAUUAUCAGCUCUGCAAGCUAUUGAGAAAGGGACGUUGAAGCUUCAACUGGGAGGAAUUGCAUUAGGUGAUAGUUGGAUGUCCCCUGAAGAUUACGUGUUUUCUUGGGGGCCUCUUCUUUAUGAUGUUUCAAGACUGGAUGAAAAUGGCCUAGAAAGAUCAAACAGAUUAUCUCAAGAAAUAAAGAAGAAAAUUGAUGCUGCAGAAUUUAAAAAUGCGACCACCUUAUGGGGCCAACUCCAAGGCGUGAUAGGUGAAAACUCUGAUGGAGUGGACUUGUACAACUUCUUGUCGGAUCUGAAUUCGGAUGAUGAUGCAUUAUUGGGAUCAACUGUUUCAAACAAAGCAUAUCUACAAAAUAAGGUGCCAAAGAAAAGAUACUCCAAUUAUCUACGCUCUUUGAAGGAGAAGAAUAUGAUGAAGCCUUCUUCUGCAGCAGGUCAUCCUUUGGAUCUUCCUACUUUAAUGGGUGGGCCCAUUAGAAAUAAAUUAAGAAUUAUUCCUAAAAACUUAACAUGGGGAGAGCAGGAAGAUGCUGUGUUUGAAAGAAUGAUGGGUGAUUUCAUGAGACCAAGGAUUGAAGAGGUUGACGAGCUAUUGGCUAAAGGAGUGAAUGUGACUAUUUACAAUGGCCAACUUGAUGUCAUAUGUUCUACCAAGGGAACUGAAUCUUGGAUUCGCAAGCUCAAAUGGAAAGGACUAAAAGCAUUCUUAAGGAAAGAGAGAACUCCGCUUUAUUGUGGGGGCAAAGGCUCUACAAAGGCAUUCACCAAGUCAUAUAGCAACUUAAACUUUUAUUGGAUUCUUGGCGCUGGCCACUUUGUUCCUGCAGAUCAACCAUGUGUAACCUUGGACAUGGUGCAAAGGAUCACACAAUCACCAGCUGCUUAACUUUUGAAGUUCCUCAAUGCUUGUCACAACUAAGCAACAAACAAAUAAUGAAUGCAUGUCCCAAAAAAUGUUCUGAACUUGA